UAAAAAGAUUAAUAAAACCCCAAAAUCACGCAGAACUGAUUCCUUCUCUCUCUAGAUUCUGCAAUCCAUCUCUCUCUCGCUCUCAGAGCAUUGGCAAUGGCCUCCUCUUCUUCUCUUACACUUUCCCAGGCCCUUCUUGCUAGAGCCACUUCUCACCACCAAAGCCCCGACCACCGUCUCUCCCCUUCCAACCUCUCUUUCCCUGCAUUUUCUGGCCUUAAGUCAACCACUUCUCAGAAUCCACGCGCCGCCGACUCCCGCCUCCGAAUUCCCACUCGCCAGCUCACUGUCCGAGCAGCUGCAGUAGAGACCCUCGAUGCUACCGCCGAGACUUCAUUGGUGGAGAAAUCGGUUAAUACAAUCAGAUUCUUGGCCAUUGAUGCCGUUGAGAAGGCGAAUUCGGGUCACCCGGGAUUACCCAUGGGAUGUGCUCCGAUGGGUCAUAUAUUGUACGAUGAAAUCAUGCGGUAUAACCCCAAGAACCCCUACUGGUUCAACCGUGAUCGCUUCGUUUUAUCCGCUGGUCACGGGUGUAUGUUGCAGUAUGCUCUGCUUCACCUCGCUGGCUACGAUAGUGUCAAGGAGGAGGACUUGAAGAGCUUCCGUCAAUGGGGAAGCAAAACCCCUGGACACCCGGAGAACUUUGAGACUCCCGGUGUUGAAGUUACCACUGGUCCCCUUGGGCAGGGUAUUGCCAAUGCUGUCGGUUUGGCCCUUGCUGAGAAGCACCUAGCUGCUCGUUUCAACAAGCCAGACAAUGAGAUUAUUGAUCACUACACAUAUUGUAUAUUGGGAGAUGGUUGUCAAAUGGAAGGUAUUUCAAAUGAAGCUUGUUCCCUUGCUGCGCACUGGGGUCUUGGGAAGCUGAUAGCUUUUUAUGAUGACAACCACAUUUCCAUAGAUGGUGACACUGAGAUUGCAUUCACUGAGAAUGUUGACACUCGUUUUGAGGGUCUUGGGUGGCAUGUUAUCUGGGUGAAAAAUGGGAACAAUGGCUAUGAUGAAAUUCGUGCUGCCAUCAAGGAAGCAAAGGCUGUCAAGGACAAGCCAACUUUGAUCAAGGUGACCACAACUAUAGGUUUUGGAUCUCCAAACAAGGCAAACUCAUACAGUGUUCAUGGGAGUGCACUUGGUGCUAAGGAGGUGGAUGCAACAAGGAAGAACCUUGGAUGGCCUUACGAGCCUUUCCACGUGCCUGAGGAUGUUAAAAAGCAUUGGAGUCGUCAUGUUCCUGAGGGUGCUGCUCUCGAAGCUGACUGGAGUGCUAAAUUUGCCAAGUAUGAGAAGAAUUACAAGGAGGAUGCUGCAGAGCUGAAGUCUAUCAUCACAGGUGAACUACCUGCUGGUUGGGAGAAGGCCCUUCCGACACACACUACUGAGAGCCCAGCUGAUGCAACCAGAAAUCUAUCCCAGCAAUGUCUUAAUGCUCUUGCAAAAGUUCUUCCUGGUUUCCUUGGUGGCAGUGCAGACCUUGCUUCUUCCAACAUGACCUUGCUGAAAAGUUUUGGGGACUUCCAAAAGGACACACCAGAAGAACGCAAUGUUAGAUUUGGUGUUAGGGAGCAUAGUAUGGGAGCUAUCUGCAAUGGCAUUGCUCUUCACAGCCCUGGCCUGAUUCCAUACUGUGCUACCUUCUUCGUAUUCACUGACUACAUGAGAGCUGCUAUCAGAAUUUCUGCUUUAUGUGAAGCUAGGGUUAUAUAUGUUAUGACCCAUGAUUCAAUUGGCCUGGGAGAAGAUGGACCAACUCAUCAACCAAUUGAACACUUGGCAAGCUUCCGGGCAAUGCCCAACAUUUUGAUGCUACGCCCUGCUGAUGGAAAUGAGACUGCUGGUGCUUACAAGGUUGCUAUCCUCAACAGGAAGAGACCCUCUAUCCUUGCCCUGUCUCGACAAAAGCUACCCCAACUUGCCGGAACUUCAGUUGAAGGAGUCGAAAAGGGAGGUUACAUUAUUUCAGACAAUUCUUCGGGUAACAAGCCAGAUGUUAUUUUGUUGGGAACUGGUUCUGAAUUGGAAAUUGCUGCCAAAGCAGCUGAGGAACUAAGAAAGGAAGGGAAGGCUGUAAGAGUUGUGUCCUUUGUAUCUUGGGAGCUUUUUGAUGAUCAAUCAGAUGCAUACAAGGAAAGUGUUCUACCGGCUGCUGUAACAGCUAGGGUAAGCAUUGAAGCCGGAACAACAUUUGGUUGGGAGAAAAUAGUUGGGAGCAAAGGAAAGGCUAUCGGAAUCGACAGGUUCGGGGCUAGCGCACCUGCAGGUAAAAUAUACAAGGAGUUUGGCAUCACUCCUGAGGCUGUUAUAGCAGCUGCUAAAGAAGUUUCCUAGAUGAUAUCAUCUUGUUUUUGGAUUUGGGUUGGAGAAUACACAAACCGGCUGUUCUCUUAACUGAGGUAGCCGCCUCUUUUAUUUGAAAUAAGAAGUUAGAUUGAAAUUUCUGUUGCAUAAAAAAUUGCUAAGUGAAGAAGCAUCAUGGAUCAAUUAGGAGAGGGUUUAUGAAUGUUUGGAAUUUGUCUUUAAGUUUUGUAAUGUUCUGUUUGUUAGCUAAAUGAGGUUCGAGAUUCUGCCCGUGUUCAUCCUAUUUUAUGUGAAUAAAGGGGGUUUUCAAUUUCUGGUAUU